AUCUGUGGUUGUACGUGUUGUACUCUGUGAGUAAAAUAAACUUACUGCAACGUUUACAAUUUUUCAUUUUGAUUUUAUUAAUAAUAUUAAUAAAGUUCUCACUUGACACUUCUUAGUGGGCUUAAUUAAUUUAAUUAAUAUUUAUAAAUUACUAGUCACAAGUAAUGCAUAAUACAAUAUUGCUAAACCCCAAUAAAAUUCUUUAGUGCCUACAAAUCUACAGUGGUAUUAAACAGUGUGUAGUUCCUAUGAAGUCAAUAGAUGACAUCAAUCUCCAGGAGAAAGCGGCGACACACGACAAAAUUGGCCAAGAAGAAAUUGGCCAAGAAAAAGAAAUUAGUCAAGAAGAAGAAACAGUGACUGCAGAAACACAAUUACAAGAAAAGGAUAUGGAUAGUGUAUCAAAAAAAUCUCAAAAUUAUUCUCCUAAUAAAAGAGUAAAAUAUGGAUAUAUUAAAUAUGUUAGUCUUGCCAUAUUGACUAUCCAAAAUGCAGCAUUAGGUUUAAGUAUGAGAUAUUCACGUACAAGACAAGUUGAAAUGUUUGCACCGACAGCAGCUGUAGUUGUAGCAGAAGUACUAAAGUUAGCCAUAUGUUUUGUACUUGUAAUGAAAGAAUCAGGGGGUUUGCAAAGUGGACUCCGGACCAUGUACACUACAGUCAUAUUAAAUAUUAAGGAUACUCUCCGUGUUUGUGUACCAUCAUUUUUGUAUGUAAUACAAAACAAUUUAUUGUAUGUAUCAGUGUCCAAUUUAGAUGCAGCUACAUAUCAGAUAACAUAUCAACUUAAGAUACUUACAACUGCAUUUUUUGCAGUAUUAGUUUUAAAGAGAAGAUUAAAAAAAUGGCAAUGGGGUGCUCUGGCAUUGUUAGUGGCUGGUGUUAUAUUAGUGCAAUUGACACCCAGUGGGGAGAAUGAAACUAAACCUUCAGAAAACUUGGGCAAGCAAUCAAAGUUGCUUGGUUUUGGAGCAGCCCUUGCAGCCUGUUUUAUAUCUGGCUUUGCUGGCAUAUAUUUUGAAAAAGUUCUCAAGGAAUCUGACAUAUCGGUAUGGAUGAGAAACGUACAGCUAAGUUUGGCAUCUAUACCUUUUGGAAUAAUUACACAUGUUAUAAAAACUGGUACAAUCACAGAUUUGAUGAAAGGCUUUGAUGGAUAUGUAUGGUAUUUGGUUGCACUUAAUGCAGCUGGUGGUCUUUUAGUUGCAGUUGUAGUUAAAUAUGCUGAUAAUAUCCUGAAAGGAUUUGCGACUUCUGUAGCCAUCAUUAUAUCGUGUGUAGCUUCAAUAUACAUAUUUGACUUUCAUAUAACAAUACAGUUUGCUGCUGGAGCUGUACUUGUUAUAGGAUCUAUCUUCCUAUAUGGCUAUGUGCCCAAGAAACCAGAAACGCGAACAUCAUUGAGUGUAUGAUCAUUUUGUCACAAUUUUAAAAGCUAUUAGUAUAAGUAAAUAGAAUUUGCCAGUAUGUGCUUAAUAUAUUAGUUAAUAAUUAUUAAAAGUAUUUUUAAUACUCGAGGAUAAUUAUGUAUUAUUUUCAUGAUCUUUGAAUGUAUUCAUUUAUCUUAUAUUAUUGAAUUUUUUUUUACAAAUAUUUUUAUACAUAUUAAGAUAUACUUAAAUAUAUUCCAAGUAUUUUUACAA